CCGAGAGAGACAGAGGGAGGGGAGGUUGCUGAGGAGCGCGGGAGCGAUGCCCAUCAUUCGCCAGGAGCGGAGGGGAGGCGCGGAGAGCCGCCGACACUGAGCAGCCUUCGCCUGGAAUCUGUCAGUCGCCCGCGGGGAUGCCAUCGGCCGGAUUGGAGAUUGUGGGCCUGGGACUGUGCGUCCUGGGCUGGCUCGGGGUGAUGCUGGCGUGCGGGCUGCCCAUGUGGAAAGUCACAGCGUUCAUCGAGAGCAAUAUCGUAGUCGCUCAGACCGUCUGGGAAGGGCUGUGGAUGAACUGCGUGGUGCAGAGCACCGGCCAGAUGCAGUGCAAAGUCUACAACUCGCUGCUCGCCCUGGGGCGGGACCAACAGGCCGCCCGGGCGCUGACCGUCAUCGCCUCCAUCCUGGGGCUCAUUGGCUUACUGGUCACCAUCCUGGGCGCCCAGUGCACCAACUGCACCGAGGGGGUCACCACCAAAGCCCGGAUUGUCAUCAGUGGCGGGGCUAUCUUCAUCGUGGCCGGCUUGCUCGCUCUCAUCCCGGUCUGCUGGAUGGCCAACACCAUCGUCCGAGAUUUCUACGAUCCGGUGGUGCCGGUCUCCAAGAAGCGGGAGAUGGGGGCCGCCCUGUAUGUCGGCUGGACGGCCAGCGCUCUCCUCUUCAUCGGGGGCUCGCUGCUCUGUUGCUCCUGUCCCCCGAAGCAAGACCAGUCAUCGUUCGCCGUCAAGUACACGGCCCCGAGGAGAGCAUCGGCGAACGGGGACUAUGACAAGAGGAAUUAUGUGUGAAACCGCAGAGAGCCUGGGGAGACCAGCAUUGGACAACCAGGGGAAACCCGUGCUCCCAACCUGAUUCCUUUACUCCUGCUGAUUUCAGGCAGUUUUUUUUUUAUUUAAUGAAUUUGUAUUGUAAACGAGAGAGAGAACAAAACACAACUGGUGUCCUUUAUCCAU